AGGAGGGUUCUGCGCUCGUCGCAGUGUUUUGCAGCUUUCUUUGUUGUGUGUGAGGAGGAAAGGGGGAGGGUUGCAGCAUUAGUAGCUGCUGGAAAUCCCCACUCGGACUCCCAGAGCCCCGCUGGGCAGGUGUAACGGGCUGGGGGCAGAGUGGGUGCCAGGGAUGGAGGCACCCCUGUUGAAGAUGAUGGGGGCCACGGGGGAGGUGGGCUCCAAGGUGAGCGCCGAGCUGGAGGUGAAGAAACUGCAGGAGCUGGUGCGGAAGCUGGAGUGGCAGAACGAACAACUGAAGAGCCGGGCGAACGCUGCCGCCGCCGCCGCCCCGCUGCAGGUCUACCUGGGCUCCAACGCCCGACACCAACCGCCCACCCCGACUCUCCUCCACCCGACUUAUAGUUCCCCUCCUCAGGGCUCGGCUCACUCCCAGCUCGGCGGCAACCACUGCCCGGCCACCAGCCCCGAGCCCCGGGCACACAGGCUGCUACUGGAUGAGGUCGAUAUCCUGGACCUGGAGAACGGACGCUGCGGCGGGGACGAGGACAGCUGGUUGUAUGUUUCACCAAGAAGGCAGCUGACCAUGGAACAGAAAGCCAUGAGCCCACUUGAGUGGAGUAGACAGGUGCUUGACCAUCCCGGCCAUGAGGUUGAAGCCGCUAAGCGAUCGUUGUGCUUCAGACUUGACCAAGCCAAUCGAUGGAAAAGUCUCUUUUCGAGUUCUUAUUCUUCUGGCCUUCCAUGUAGUCCGUUUGCAGGGUAUAGUCCAUAUACCAAUGGGUUUAGUUCUCAAAGCCUCUACAAACCUGUUACUAAACAAUUACUAAUCCCUGAAAGAACAGGUUAUGCAAAUAGAAAUCUUCCACUCAGCCCACAGUCAUCAAUCGACAGUGAACUGAGCACUUCUGAGCUGGAUGAUGAGUCCAUCUCCAUGGGUUACAAACUACACGACUUGACAGAUGUCCAAAUAAUGGCAAGACUACAAGAGGAAAGUCUCCGACAAGAUUAUGCUUCCACUUCGACAACCAUCUCCCAGCGCAGCUCUAGUACGUCGCUGUAUUCAGUAAAGCGGGGCACAGGGAGUGACCAGGAAUAUGAUUGCUGCAGCCUUGAAGACGAAGAAGAAUUUGACCAACUUCCGCCACAGCCUCGACUCACCAGGUGCUCUCCACCCUUACGAAGUAUGCCACAUUCACAGACUUUUUCCAGCAUUAGAGACUGCAGAAGAGGCCCAGCACCUUCCUCCUACUUGAAUUCCAGUGCUUGCCCAUCCUAUUACUCACAAGGUCACACAGCUGAGCAACAACAGUACAGAACAAAUGCAGAGAAACUCAGACGCAGCAUGCCAAAUCUUGCACGUUCGUUCAGUGCCACCAGUCCCCCUGACUCGUUUAAGAAUAGCAGAAGUUUUGAUUCAAACUUACAGAAUGGAACUUCACGACUGCAAUCACCAGCAUGCUCUUCUCUCAAUAAACUUCAACACAGAGUCAACAGUGUCAGCCAUUUCCCACUGUCCGUAAGGCAGCCGCCAAAAGCAACAGCAUAUGUGAGUCCAACUGUCAGCAACACCAAUGGGAUUCACACAUCGGUCAGUUUGCAUUCCAUCUCGAGCUCUGGCAUCCCUUUACCGAGCAGGCCUGGAACCACAGGGAUCCCAGGUCGGAGUGGCCUUCCCAGACCAACAUCCACUAUCGGAAGCAGUGGGAUACCGAGGAGCAAGUUAGCUCAACCAGUCCGGAGUUUUCUUCAGCCUCCAAAGCCCAUAACUGCACUCAGUUCUCUUAAGGACGGAAGCUGGAAGGACGGGUGUUAUUGACAUUUCCUGCUACAGAAACUGUUGAGGCAGAGAAUCAUGAGCUGCCAAACGAUGAUGCCCAGCUGGCUGGGUUUAGAUACAUCACAGGAUAUUUGUAGCUACAGUUAAUUUCAGUGAAAGUGCAAAAGACAAGGCCACGCCCCCAGAAUUACAUAUGUUUUGCUAAUAAAGAAGUACGACAUGAACUAAUGAUUGUAACAUUGCGCUUUCAAAUAUCGGCCCCGUGCAUUGAAAUUAUCUCAAAGUUGCAGAUGAAAAAUUGGUACAAAAUGUCUUUAAAUCAAAUUCACCUUCUUCAAUGCUCGGUUUUAAUUUUGGAACGGCAAUCAAUAUUAUGGUGAGCAGUCUGCCAUAGUUCUUUUUAAGGAAGUUCAGUUUUAUCUAUGUUGAACAGUACUUCAACAAAACAGCCUGUUGAGUUGCCAUGACUUCAUUUUAACUGUGUUGCAGGUUAUCACUUGUUAAGCAAAACUGUAAUACCCGAGUUGUAGGAAGCAACGUUCAAACCUCCAAUCAUACUUCAGAUGGGUUUAGAAGUAAAAUUUUCCUAAAGUUGAAAUAAAUAAUUCAUGAGUUUUAGAUACUGUUGGUUUUAGUUCCAAAACUUUUAUAAAUGUGUAACCUUAUGAGCAGAAAUUGUUAAUGAAUAUCAUCCGAUAACAUUGAUUAAGACACUUCAGAUGCUGGAAAUCUGAACCAAAAACAUAAGAUGCUGAAUAUACUCAACUGGUUCGGCAGCAUCUGUGGAGAGAGAGAGAGAGAGAAAGAGAGCAAAGGGAAGAGAGAGAGAAAGAGAGAGAUCUAAUGUUUCAAGUCAAUGACUUCUUAUCAGAAAUGGAUGAGAGGUCACUGACAAGAAAAAGUGAAGACUGAUUGAUUUGAAAAAUUGAUUGUAUUUUGGUUUUCUAAUAUCAAAUGUUAUUUAAUGCCUGACCAAAUUGCUUUGUCUAUUUUUCCUUAUGAUUGAUCCCACUACAUUUUUAAAAUGCAAGCUAGAGUACAACUGGUAGCAUAGUGACUACUAUCUUCCAUAGUAAUGAAGGAUUAAUCAUAAAGUGUUAAAUCUCUCCAAUGCUUUUGACAAUAUUGGUAAUUAUCCCUAAACAAUUAACAAAUCUUGUUAUGAUGCUACAACUACAUAUGAUUGUAGUACAACAUAAAUGUUUCUUAACAUUAAUUUUUAGAAAUUGAGAUUGAACUUUUCAGUGUUACUAGCCAUAGUUAGAUGUGUGUGGAAUAUUUAUGAAAGACAAUUUGAUUUUGUUAAUUAAUAUAUUACAGUUCUGUUUAAAAAGUAUAACUUCCAAAAGCUACUUGAGAUGAAGUCCACCAUUAACUCAGAAACCUGGACUGAAAUUUUGUUGUAGAACCAAUUAUUUUGUGCACUGUAGCUAUACUUUAUUUCUGUAGCUCACAAGUACCUACAAGGUUAACAUAUCUGUGAUAGUCAAAUAUGAACCUUUUCUUUUACCAUAGUUCACAUCACGAAGCCAGAACAUGUCAGCCCCAAUGGAGUGUAACAAACAUUCAGGGCUAGGGAAAUUCACACAAUGCUAUCUAAUUCCUGACUCACUUAUUGGUUUUAUGAAUGUUAAUUUAUUCUUUGUAAAUUAUUUGUGUAUGUCAAACACUUAUGAUGAAGCACAUUGCACUUAAACCCAGCAAUGACCAUGUAUGCGACAGCUUGACAGAUUUUUUUACAACAGUAAGUGAGCAUUUUGAAAUGUUUUAUUAAUAUUGAGAACAAGGUGCACUUUUUAAUGACACUAAACAGCUUAAUUUUUAUAGACGUUUUACAGGAUAACUUAAAACAUAUUCAUCUUGUAAUAAUGCUGUACAGAGGUAUGACAGAAAUGUCAAAUACAUAAUGCCAAUUACUCUUGCAUUUUAUUAAAUAUUACUUAUAAAAUAAAAUACGUUAUUGCCAAUGGAUGUAGGAAUGUAUUGAUGAUUUUAUGCAAUAAAUGUUUUU